AGAGAGAGAGAGAGAGAGAGAUUUUAAGGAAAAUUACAGGGUUCAGUUGAUUAUGUCAGAAGUUUAAACACGCAAAAGUGGUAAGCGAGAGAGGCUCUCUACGCCAUAAGCUUCAAAACAACGUAUAUUCCCAUAAAAUAAAGGAAAGUUCAAAAAACCAGGGUCCAUUCCCCUCUUUUGCAAUUGUCCUCCCUUUUGGCGGGUAUUGCCUUUAGCAUUUCCUUUAGAAUUUUGAAUUGCAGAGCCGCAAAGGGCUUCACAACGGUUUCACAAAGUUGCAGAGCAACGCAAAGAAUACCCAUUGCUCAAGAAUUGCAAGGUGGAAAAACCGCUCACCACCCACCAUUCUUUCAGAAAAGAGCUUUGAAAUCCUCGGGGAGAAAACCCAAGUUUUAUUUUUGAAGCUAACCAUGAAAAAUGACCAGCAUGGAAAUUCUUCCUUGAAGGGGCAUGGCUUGUUGAGAAGGAAAGCAAAUCCAAUAUGUGAACACAAAGACAAGAUGCGAGAUUUGAAGCUUCUUCUCCCCUAUAAAUGGCUAACCAUUACCGCAAAUCAAAGGCAACGAACCGGAGUUUCUCCUUGUUUCGAAUUCGCAAAUUGUGUUUGCAAAAACUCCCUUUUUUGUUGUUGCUAGGAACGGUAUUAAAAUGGCGUCUGCUUCGAGCUUCAAAAGAGCAGAUAGCAUCACAGAAACCUUACCAGAAGUUCUCAGGCAGAGCAGAUAUCAGAUGAAGAGGUGUUUUGCCAGGUAUGUUAAGGGUGGAAAAAGGGUCUUGAAAAAGAAGGAUUUAUUGGAGGAAAUGGAAAAAGCAAUAGAGGACAAGGUUGAAAGGUCCAAGCUCAUGGAGGGUCUAUAUGGUUACAUCAUUAGCUGCACUCAGGAAGCAGCUUGUGUUCCGCCAUAUAUCGGGUUUGCAGUGAGACCCAACCCUGGAAUAUGGGAGCAUGUAAAAAUACAUGCUGAAGAUCUUUCCAUGGAAGGAAUUACACCUUCAGAGUACCUGAAACUCAAAGAAACCAUAUCUGAUGAGAAAUGGGCAAGUGAUGCGAACGCACUGGAAUUGGAUUUUGGGGCUUUUGAGCUAAACACACCCAAACUCACUCUCCCUUCAUCUAUUGGCAAUGGAAUAAACUGCAUCACUAGAUACUUGGCAGCGAGACUCGGCCGUGAUUCUGAGAGCAUGAAACCAUUGCUGGACUUUUUACUUUCUCAUAACCACCGAGGCGAUAAUCUUAUGAUCAAUGAGAACCUCAAUAGCAUUCCCAAGCUGCAAACAGCAUUGCUCUUGGCUGAAGUCCUUCUAUCUGGAAUGGCUGGUGACACACCAUAUUACAAGUUUGAGCAAAGGCUUCACGAUUGGGGUUUCGAGAAAGGAUGGGGAGACACAGCGGAGCGUGUUAAAGAGACAAUGCAUGCUCUAUCAGAAGUCCUUCAAGCACCUGAUCCUUCAUUUCUUGAGAAGUUCUUGAGCAGGGUUCCAUCUAUCUUCAAUGUCGUUGUUUUCUCACCUCAUGGCUACUUUGGGCAAGCGAAUGUUCUGGGCUUGCCAGACACUGGUGGUCAGAUUGUUUAUAUACUGGAUCAAGUGAAAGCCCUUGAGGAGGAAUUGUUGCAAAGAAACAAACAGCAAGGAUUGGCGGUAAAACCUCAAAUCCUUGUGGUCACUCGACUCAUUCAUGAAGCCAUGGGGACAAAAUGCAACCAAGAAUGGGAGCCCAUACUCAAUACCGAGCACUGUUACAUUCUGAGAGUACCAUUUAGAACAGAGAGGGGAGUUUUACGCCAAUGGGUUUCACGAUUUGAUGUAUACCCUUACCUCGAGAGGUUUGCUCAGGAUUCUACGGUGGAGAUCCUCAAGCAUUUAGAUGGGAAACCUGACUUGAUCAUCGGAAACUACACAGAUGGGAACACUGUUGCAUCCCUAGUGGCAACAAAACUUGGUGUUACCCAGGGUACUAUUGCUCAUGCCUUGGAGAAGACCAAGUAUGAAGACUCCGACAUCAAAUGGAAGCAACUGGAACCCAAGUAUCAUUUCUCUUGCCAGUUUACAGCUGACUUAUUUGCCAUGAACGCUACUGAUUUCAUCAUCACAAGCACAUAUCAGGAAAUAGCAGGAGGCAAGGAUAGACAAGGGCAAUAUGAAGCUCAUGCUGCUUUUACUAUGCCUGGCCUACACCGAGUUGUUUCUGGCAUCGAUGUCUUUGACCCCAAGUUCAACAUUGUGUCACCUGGCGCUGAUAUGUCGAUUUAUUUCCCCCAUACCCAGAAACAAAAACGCCUUACUUCUUUACAUCCUGUAAUAGAGGAGCUCCUCUACAGCAAAGAAGAUAACAAGGACCACAUAGGAUUUCUUGCAGAUAGAAAGAAACCCAUAAUCUUCACCAUGGCAAGGCUUGACAUAGUCAAGAAUGUAACGGGUUUAACUGAGUGGUAUGCGAAGAAUGAGAGGCUCAGGAAACUGGUCAAUCUUGUUGUGGUUGGUGGUUUCUUUGAUGCCACAAAAUCGAAGGAUAGGGAAGAGAUGAGUGAGAUUAAGAAGAUGCAUUCACUAAUGGAGAAGUACCAGUUGAAGGGUCAGUUUAGGUGGAUUGCAGCUCAAACUGAUAGGGUUCGGAACAGUGAAUUAUAUCGUUGCAUUGCUGAUACAAAGGGAGCUUUUGUACAGCCUGCUCUCUAUGAAGCAUUUGGGCUCACAGUUGUGGAGGCGAUGACAUCUGGGCUGCCCACCUUUGCGACCAAUCAAGGAGGCCCAGCGGAGAUAAUUGUAGAUGGCGUCUCGGGCUUCCUUAUUGAUCCUAAUAAUGGCAAUGAAUCGAGCAACAAACUUGUAGAUUUCUUUGAGAAAUGUAAUGCAGACCCCGAGCACUGGAAUAAGUUCUCCACUGCAGGGCUUCAACGCAUUUAUGAAUGUUAUACUUGGAAGAUUUAUGCCACUAAGCUUGUGAACAUGGGAGCAAUUUAUGGUUUCUACAAGCAAUUAAAUAAGGAACAGAGACAGGCCAAAUUGAGAUAUUUGCAGAUGCUGUUCAAUUUGCAGUUUAGAAAUAUGGCAAGUAAAGUAGCAAUACCAAGUGAUGUUGAAGUGAAGAAACCUGAAGCUGGACCAAUAGUAGUAGCCCCUCAACCAACUCGCAGAAGAACGGAAUCGAAGGUGCAAAGGAUUCUCACGACAUGCUUUACUAAGAAGCCUCGCACUCAGAGUUGAUCCCAUUGAUGACUGGGAUUUGCGUAACUAAAUUUCACACAUUUGUUUGGACUGAGAUGACGGUUUUCUUCCAUUUGAUUUGAUUUUUUUUUUCUCCAAAUUGUUUGUGAUCUAUUUGUACUUGUGAUAUCAAAAUAAACAAAGAAAUAUGUUUGUCUA